AUGGAAGAAGUAUCAUUUGACAAAUUUCGAAACGAACGAUGGCGUGACUUGAGACGUCUUACCGAUGGGAAAUCGGUCUUCGCUCAUCCAGCUUUCGAACCAGGAAUGCAGAAUUUGGAAACUGUACAAAAUUGUCACGUGUUAGUAGUCGGAGCUGGUGGAUUAGGAUGUGAACUAUUGAAAGAUUUGGCGUUAUCUGGUUUUCGAAAAAUCGAAAUCAUCGAUAUGGAUACGAUAGAAUUGUCCAAUCUAAAUAGGCAGUUCCUUUUUCGUGAAACUGAUGUUGGUAAAUCAAAAGCUGAGAUAGCGGCGGCGUUCAUCCGAAAACGAAUCCCCGAUUGCCCUGUAGUCGCAAUAAAGAUGACCAGUUCUACCGGUCGUUCGACAUUAUUAUUUGUGGCUUGGAUUCUAUCGUUGCAAGAAGGUGGCUUAAUGCUAAAUUGGUUGGAUUUUCUCAUUUGUUUUACGGAGUUGGUAAGCUUAGUGGAAUUCGACUCGGAUGGUAAUCCAACUGGCAUAAUACCUUUAAUUGAUGGUGGCACAGAAGGAUUUAAGGGCAACUCCCGAAUAAUACUGCCUACAAUGACUGCUUGCAUUGAAUGUACCAUUGAUCUUUAUCCGCCACAGAUUACUUUUCCUAUGUGUACGAUAGCCAACACUCCUCGGCUUCCUGAACAUUGUAUCGAAUAUGUGAAAGUAAUACAGUGGCAUACGGAUAAACCCUUCAACGGUGAAGCGAUGGAUGCUGAUAACAUGGAACACGUGGAAUGGGUGUUUAAAGCUGCUUUAAAGAGGGCUAAUAGAUAUAAUAUCAAAGGGGUUGAUUUAAGACUUACAAAAGGUGUCCUGAAGAGAAUAAUUCCUGCUGUAGCUUCCACCAAUGCUGUUAUUGCAGCAUCAUGCGCACUGGAGGCUUUGAAAUUAGCUUCAAACAUUUCCUGUCCAAUGCAAAAUUAUCUCAAUUUCACCAACAUUGAGGGAGCUUUUGUGGGAGUUGUCGAAUUGGAGAAAAGACAAAAUUGUCUAGUAUGUGGUGAACAGGCACAAUACAUUGAUAUACCCGCGAAUAAAACAUUGCGAGACUUGCUAGAUGAAAUUAUAAAAAGAUAUCAGCUUUGUAAUCCAUCAGUACAAACAGCAAAGGAGAAGUUAUAUAUGAAAAGCGAUUUGAUACCUGAAUUGUAUCAAAUUAGCACUGCUAAUUUAUCCAGAACUCUGAAAGAUCUUGGACUGGCAAAUGGUGAUGAGCUUCUUAUUGCUGAUGAAACUCGGGCGCGACCAAUUUCUUUACGUAUUCGUUACCAAGAAGACUAA